AUGGCUUCGACGUUGCCCGCAUUCACCGAUCUCAAUGCCACUUGGACUUUUAUUCAACCGGGGUUGGAAUUCAUCCUUGGAGCGCAGAAUGAGCAAGGGGUCACGUCGACGAUGUACAUGAACUGCUACACGGCAGUGUACAACUACUGCGUCAACAAGUCGAGACGCGGCUCGAACCCAGCGUCGUUGGCGGCCAACACUGAAAACAACUCGUAUUCGUUAGCUGGUGCCGAGAUUUAUAGCAAGUUGGAAACUUAUCUAGUCCAGUUUAUCCGCAAUUUGAAGAAAAACCCCACCGAGACGUUUUUGGAGUUUUACGUGAGGAAGUGGACCAGGUUCACCAUUGGCGCCGUCUACAUGAACAACGUGUUUGAUUACAUGAAUAGGUACUGGGUGCAGAAGGAGCGAUCCGAUGGACGAAAGGACAUUUUCGACGUGAAUACCUUGUCGUUGAUCAAGUGGAAGCACGAGAUGUUCCAGUUGAAUGCCGAUGUCUUGAUUGACCAAGUGUUGGAGUUGAUUGAAAAACAGAGGAACCAUUUGAUUGUCGACACCAAUCUCAUCUCCACCGCGAUCAAGUCGUUGGUGUUUUUAAGUAUCGAUAUCCAGGACUUGAAAAAACCCAAUUUGAUCAUCUAUGUCAAUGCAUUUGAAAAACCGUUUUUGGAAGCAACGUUGCGGUAUUAUUUGAAAGAGAGCUCGCAGUACUUGGCUCAUCAUAACGUGGUGGACUACAUGAAGAAAUGCGAGACGAGAUUAACUGAAGAGAUAUCACGGUCCAACACUUACCUUGAAGACCACUCCAAGAAGCAGUUUGUUGAUAUUCUCAACCAGGCCAUGAUUGAGAACCAUGCCCAGGAGAUGUAUGGCCAGUUUAUCAUUUUACUAGAGCAAAAGCAAAUCGAGCACAUCCAGCGAAUGUACAAGCUUCUUUCGCGAGUGCCAAAGACUCUUGACCCCAUGGCUUCUGCAUUGGAAGAAUAUAUCAAAAAGGAGGCCAACAUUGCAUUAGAAGAGAUUAAAAACCAAAACGAGGCCGAGAUUAAAGAGGGCAAGCGCAAGCCCGGGUCCGGAAUCGAGCCCAAAGUUUAUGUCAAUACGCUUAUUGCCAUUUACAACCAGUUUAAUGAGGUUGUCAUUGAGGCGUUCAAUAAAGACACCAAGUUCAUUAGGUCCUUGGAUAAUGCGUGUCGUCAUUUCGUCAACAAUAACGUCAUUGCUGUGCCUAGACCUCGAGCUCAGAGCAAGACGCCCGAGUUGCUAGCGAAAUAUGCCGAUGGCUUUCUCAAGAAUAGUGCCAAGGAUGCAGACAUUGUUGAUAUGAAUGCAGACAACUUGAUGAUUGUGUUCAAGUUUCUCAAUGACAAGGACACGUUUGAAGAGCACUAUAGGCGAUCAUUGGCCAAGAGGUUGAUCAAUGGCACUUGCAAAUCGGACGAGUUGGAAGAAAGUGUGUUGCAUAGGUUGCAAGAGGAGAACUCGAUCGAGUUCACUUCAAAGAUGACCAAGAUGUUUUCCGAUAUGAAGGCUUCCGAGGAUUUGAAGCUCAAGGUCAAGGAGAGACUGAAUGGGGAAAAUAACGCCGUCAUUAAGGAUUUCAAUCCCUUGAUUCUUGCCCAGAGCAUGUGGCCCUUCCGCCACGUUGCCGAGUACGACUUGAAAGUGGCGCCCGAGUUGGCAGCCCCGUUUGCCCACUUGCAGGAGGUUUACUCCGAGCAACAUAAUGGCCGACAAUUGCAGUGGCUUUGGAACCAUGGACGAGCCGAAUUGAAGGCAAACUUGUCGAGAAAGGGCAAACCGCCAUUUUCAUUCACCGUUUCCAAUGUCCAGCUAAUGAUCCUCGUGGCGUUCAACGCCAAAAAUAGUUAUACAUUCAAGGAGUUGCAUGAGAAGGUGGGCACCAAGAAGGAAACGUUUGAAGCCCACUUGGCUCCCUUUACCAAGUACAAGUUAAUGGAUCAGUCGACAGAGGAAAUUAACGAUGAGACUGUUUUCACGUUGGUGGACGAAUACAAGUCGAAAAAAUUAAAAGUCAAUUUCAUAAGUGCCAUUAAAACGAAUGAAACGAAGCAAGAAGAAGACGAGGCCAGUAAGGAAAUCGACGAGGCUAGAAAAACCUAUUUGCAAGCUUGUAUUGUUAGGAUUAUGAAACUGAGGAAGCAAAUGAAGAACAACGAUUUGAUCAACGAAGUCUUGCCGCAAACCUCGUCUCGAUUCAAAGCCAAGAUUCUUGAUGUUAAACGAGUGAUUGACGUGUUGAUUGAAAAGGAGUACUUGAAGAGGUUAGAUAAUAAUACUUUUGAGUAUAUAAGCUGA